GACAUCUCUAUUUUAAAACGCACGGUCACACUAUUGACGUGGCCUCAAAAUUUUUUGUUCUUCUCUGGAAAAUGCAAAAAGUUUGCAUUUGUUAAGUUAAUUGUGCCCAGCAGCGAACGAAGUCAAGUCCACGGAAUCCGCCUGCCAGUCCAGGACGUGUCCGCAUCCAUCCGGAGCACACGAGGAGCGCCAGGAAUCGCGAGAGAAAGAUAAUAGUGCGGAAAUUGGGGAGUAGAGAGAGCGCAGGGCAGUGCCGUGAAAAUCGUUUAAUUCGCCUUCGCGAAGCAAAAGCCAGCCCAGGAUUCACCCGAAUCCCAAAGAAAAUUGUCCAGACAGCGGAUUUCCCAAUCAGCGCGGGCUUUUCCACGGCGUUCCAAGCGGAAAAGCCAAUUCGCAGCUCGCAGCAGCAGCAGCAGCAAAAUCGCCAAUCAAGGGCGCAAGAAGAAGAGGCAACUACAAAGUGCAAGUGCUGGUCGAGAAACUACAUGCCACUGGAAACUGAAGCUCGGAGAGGUGAUAAUUGACUGAACACGAACUUAUGAAUUAGCAGCAUGUCGGCCUACAAUCCGAACUACGUGCCACCCGCCCACGCCGCCAUGCCUCUGAACGGCAACAAUUUGGUGAACGGCCUGCCAGGAGCCGUCCAGCAGCAUCAGCAGCCAGCUCCUCCGCCAACAGGCCAGCAGUAUCUGCCACAGAAGCAGCCCCAGCAGUUCCAGCAGCAGCCACCUCCUGCAGCAGCUUAUCCAGGAGCAGGAGCACCUGCACCGGGUAACCUGCCCCCUCCGUCGCAAUUCAACAGCGGCAUUGCGAGCCAGUUCUUGCCGCCAACGUCGGGAGCAGCUACUCCGCUGCAACAGCUGCCGCCCAGCACGUUGCCGCCCCAUCUGCGUCCGCCACCCGUCAACGGACCGCCGCCACCGCUCACGAACGGCAGCAAUGGGGCGUCCAGCGCCAACUCCUCGCGCACUGCCUCCCCCCGGCCUCCAGUGGCAGGUGCUGCUCAAUAUGCCCCAGGACCCAUGGCCGCCGGACUGCGCCCCUCACCGCCCCAACCGACGAGCCAACAGUCCUUGGCCAACUUGACGAGCAAUCUGGAGAACAUGAACUUAAACCCCAGCCGGACGAACGGGGGGGCCUGCGCCGUGCCACCGCCUCAGCAACAGUACCCGCCUCUGGCGCAGAAGGACUACAGGGGCGUGGCUACGGCUCAGACGGGUCAGCCUCCGCAGCAGUUUAACGAUGCCAGCAGCCUGUUGGCGGCCAGCGGCGUGGCUCCUCCUGUGGUGCCAAACGCUAUGGCGACGCCAUUUAGUGGUCAGAAGCCACCCAAUUUGGCUCCACAUCCGGCCAAGAUGUUCGGCAGCGCAGCGGUUCCCGCCAGACCCACGCCACCGCCAGCGGGGCAGAGGAUCCCCUACGGAGUGCCGUCAUCGGCCAGCUCCGAGCAGCAAAACCAGCAGAACAACAACCUCCAGAGGGCGGCGCCGCCACCGGGAGCGGGAGCAGCCUGGCCGCCAAGUCUGGCCAAGGCGGCAGUGCCUGGAGCUCAGCCCCCAUUGCCCCCACCUCAGCAGCAAGCGCAGGCGCAGCAGUAUGCCUACGCCCAGGCGUAUCCAGCGCCACAACAACAGCAGCAACCUCCGCCUCCGUCUGCAGUGCAGCCACCGCCUCCGGGCAUGUUUGGAGCCGGAGCCCAGACCGCCGGGGCUCCACUGCAGUAUCAGGCCCAGGCGCCGCCUCAGGCUUAUGGACAACAACCGCAGCAGGCGCCGGGCGGAUCGUUUGCCACCCCUGCUCCACUAAACGUGGCUCAGCAGGGAUUCAGCCGGCUGUGGGGUCAGGACACCAUCGAUUUAAUGCAGAACCGGCACAUCUUGUCGCCAGCAACGCUGCCGCCGCCAAAGGUGGUGCUGCACAACCAGUUCCACGAGUCCAUCAACUGCAGCCCGAGCAUCAUGCGCUGCACCCUGACCAAGAUCCCCGAGAGCAACUCACUGCUGCAGAAAUCACGGCUGCCGCUGGGCAUCGUGAUACAUCCCUUCCGCGAUGUGAAUAGCCUGCCCGUGAUUCAGUGCAUCAACAUUGUGCGCUGCCGGCUGUGCCGCACCUACAUCAAUCCCUUCGUCUACUUUGUGGACAGCAAGAUGUGGAAGUGCAACCUCUGCUACCGCGUCAACGAAUUGCCCGAUGAUUUCCAAUUCGAUCCGGCCACAAAGACGUACGGCGACGUGACCCGCCGGCCCGAGGUGCGGUCUAGCACCAUCGAGUUCAUUGCCCCCUCGGAGUACAUGCUGCGUCCGCCGCAGCCGGCCAUGUACCUGUUCCUCUUCGACGUCUCGAUCAUCGCGCAGCAGAGCGGCUACCUGGAGGCCGCCUGCGCCACGCUCAACCGGCACCUGGACGAGAUGCCCGGCGACGCACGCACCCAAGUGGGAUUCAUCUGCUUCGACAGCUUCGUGCACUUCUACAGCAUGGCCGAGGGUCUCAACCAGCCGCACGAGAUGACGUUGCUGGACAUCGAGGACCCCUUCCUGCCGCGUCCCGACAGCCUUCUGGUCAACCUGAAGGAGUGCAAGGAGCUGGUGCGGGACCUGUUGAAGCAGCUGCCCAAGCGGUUUGCCCACACCCACGAUCCGGGUUCCGCCUUGGGCGCUGCCCUGCAGGUGGCUUUCAAGCUAAUGCAAGCGUCUGGCGGCCGCAUCACCGUCUUUCAAUCGUGCCUUCCCAACAAGGGACCUGGCGCCCUGGAGCCGCGCGAGGAUCCCAACAACCGCUCGGCCAAGGACGUGGCCCACCUUAAUCCGGCCACCGACUUCUACAAGCGCUUCGCCCUGGAGUGCUCCGGCUAUCAGAUAGCCUGCGACCUCUUCCUGAUGAACCAGCAGUAUAGCGACAUGGCAACCAUCUCUGGCAUCAGCAAGCACAGUGGUGGAUGUGUUCACCACUUCCCGCUCUACCAGAAGACCAAACCGCACAUGGUGGACUCGUUCCGGACAUGCUUUAAGCGCUACCUGACCCGCAAGAUCGGCUUCGAGGCGGUCAUGCGUAUCCGCUGCACGCGCGGCCUGCAGGUGCACACAUUCCACGGCAACUUCUUCGUGCGCUCCACGGACCUGCUCUCGCUGCCGAAUGUGAAUCCGGAUGCGGGCUACGGCAUGCAGAUCUCGUACGACGAGAGCCUCACGGACGUGAAGACGAUCUGCUUCCAGGCGGCGCUGCUCUACACGAACAGCGAGGGCGAGCGCCGAAUCCGAGUGCACACAGUGUGCUUGCCGGUGACGGCCUCGCUGCCGGAGGUAAUGCACUCGGCGGACACGGAGGCCAUCAUUGGGCUGCUCUCCAAGAUGGCCGUGGACCGCUCGGUGGCCUCCAACCUGUCGGAUGCCCGCGACGCCUUCAUCAACGCCACGAUCGAUGUGUACAACGCCUUCAAGAUCGCACAAAAUCUGCCCUCGGGUCAGUCUGGCCAGCUGAUAGCCCCGCGCAGCCUGGCUCUGCUGCCCCUCUACAUCCUGGGGCUGCUUAAGCACCCUGCCUUCCGCGUGGGAACCAGUACGCGAUUAGAUGAUCGGGUCUUCGCCAUGGACUGCAUGAAGACGCUGCCGUUGGACCAGCUGAUGAAGUACGUCUACCCGGAGCUGUACAAGAUCGAUGCGCUUAUCUACCAUGCCCGCAACUCCAAUGUGAAUGCGAGCCAGGACGACGACGAGGAGGAGGACGAACCGCUGCCGGAAUUGCCGCGCCUGCAACUGUCCGCGGAACACUUGGACUCGCGGUCAAUAUUCCUGUUGGAUUGUGGCACGCUGAUAAUGCUCUAUGUGGGGCUAAAUGUGCCACCCGAUGUUUUGGAGGCUGUGCUGGGCAUUAGCUCCACCGCAGAGCUGGCUGACUAUGUAUACGGAUUGCCAAAUGUUGUGAGCAACGAGAACGAUGUGCUGAAGCGCUUUAUAUUGCGACUCAACUACGAUAAGCCCUACUCGGCGCUGGUGCAGAUAAUUAGGGACACGAGCACGGCCAAGGGCCAGUUCAUCGAGAGAUUAACCGACGAUCGCAGUGAAUCUAGUUUGUCAUACUAUGAAUUUUUGCAACACAUUCGGGCUCAGGUUAAAUAGUACAUAAGCAGGGAAUCCUACCACUAUUGUAUGCAACAUAAAUACGAGUUUCUUAGAACCUAAAAACUCAGACUCUGGUGACUAAAAGCAAGAAGUGAACGCAGGCGAAACUGGAGCAACACAAUGGAGACCAGUAUGGGACACACAUCCACUAGAUUCCCCUCUAUCCCUACCCCUUACCCACUCUCUCGGCUUAGGUAAUUUUAAAGUGCAUGUAUUUAUUUAUUUGUUGAUUUGUUGCACUAAAAAUAAAAUUAAAUUAAAUCAAUUAAAGAAGAUAGUGAAUGCGAGAGAGCCAACUUGUCACAACCGAAACUAGAUAUCGAACUAGAAUGCCAGUUCGGAUUAGGCGAACAUUAGUCAAAAGUCCAGCUAACUAACCAGUCAGUAGAGCUCCCCUGCAAGCGGAUUGCAUUGUUAUUUAUUAUAGAUAUUUUGUAUGCAAUAAACACUAACGAAACACUGUUGUAAAUUAUAAUUUAACGCGAUUUUUGUUCGUUCCAACUGCUUCAAACAUUCUGCAAACUCAGCCCCACAAAUUGUUAUCGCUUAUCCCAUUUCUUUUGCUGUUUUCAGUAGUAUUUAUUUCCCGGAAUCCAGAGGAACCUAUCAUACAAUUCUAUUUAUUUGUAAGUCGAAGGGAAGGCGCUUUGUUGCACUGUAGUUAGAGAACUUAUUUCAAAAGAAUGUACGGGAACAGAUUUGGUAUUGUGUAUUGCAUUGAUUGGACUGCUAGGAAGUGAAUGUCUUAAGCUUAGAAGGAUUAUUAUACUGUAUCAAUAAAGAGACCCCAACCCUGUACACCAGGUGACGCAGUUGUCGUUCUUUGAGUGGGCUAACUAAUCGAAAAACCAUAUACAUAUACUGUACUAUACUUUAUACACAUACGAGUGCAUCAAGAUAUAAAGCGAAAUAAAUUUUAAUUAAAUCAUGA